AUGGAGGUAUGUUCCCCUCGUCGUCUUAUGACCAAGCGUGUCGGAGCAAGCGCUGAAACUCGUUUCUCAAAUCUAUUUUCCACUUCGUGCUCUUGCGAGCAGGCUGACUCGCCAGUCCAAGCAUCGCACCCCACUGCAGGAUCUUCUCAAAAGAGCUUCUUCGAAAAGGAGAGGGAAAGAUUGGUCGUGGAGAUUGCAGAGGUGAGCGGGUGCUGCAGCAGGGCUUGUAGGAACAUAACAUGUUGGGGAGCAAGAGAAGAAGUGCGAUGGCCUAUCAAAGCCCCCCCCCAAGAGGACAUUGCAAAAGACCUGCAGCAAGGGCUCGUUUGCUCUGUUCAUGAGAACAGGCAGUGGAGUGAGACGUACGACCAAGCCUGGCACGUCACGCUUGGGCGGAAACUGCUAGGCUGGCAGAGCUCGUAUGGCGGCGCAGGUGUCGGUGACGUCGGAGGAGCGGAGCAGACGUUCAACUUUUACAAUUUCAUCGAGACGGAGGGUGGGGGAGAGGGAGAGGGGUGGGAGCGGCGCAUCGAUCGCUGCGUGACCUACCCACCCCAGCACUGACCCCCAAUCUCGCGUGCGCAAAGUCAAAACAUGCUUUGAGAGCAUAUACUGACGCUGCAAUCUUUCCACGUGAUAUCCCGUGGCUUGCAUCUUCAAAGGGCAUCGGUACGAUCAUCGACCAUUCCAACGCGCUCAAUCGCAAGUUGGAAGAGUCCAUUUCUGUCGGGAAAGAGUUUGAGCCGAUAGCAGGUUUAUGGGGCAGGUUCACAGAAGUCAUGCGAGCAGCUGGAAUUCCCGAUCUCAGCGGCGCGUCUACCGGUGGUGCGGGGUCUGGAGUUGGAGAAGAUGGUGGAGCGGAUAAUCAGGAUGGAACAGCUGGUAAUGCUCAGCAGGAUGGAUUGAGCAGGAGUCAAGGAGCUGAUACGGCAUUGCCUCCCGGUGUGGCACCCGGCGGUGGCAUCGUCUAUGGCAGAGACGCUUAG